UUCUUUGAUUGGCUACUCUUCGCCCUUUCCUUCUUGUUUUGCCGCUACCUGGAACGGAAUUGCGUCACGGAAGCGCCAAAAAAGAAUUAGAGGGAGACUGGACAGUGUCUCGAGAUGCUGUUGGGUCGCUUUUCUCCGGGGUUCUUUCCCGAGGUCGCAGUGGAAAAACUGAAGGUCCUGAGCUGCUGUGACUGAAGGGAUCCGGCCCUGCGCAGGGACGUCAAAAAAGCUACGGCUGAAAAAACUCAAGACCUGAAGGGUCGUCUGAGGAGCUGGAGGCUUGGUGCUUUCCACCAAGGAGGGAGGGAGAAUCAGGCCAUUGGGAUUAGCAGGUACCCCGGAGUUUUCUCCCAUGCAAAAGACAUGAGUGGUGAGUGCAGAGGCAGAGGAUUUGGACGGGGAAGAUUUCAAAGCUGGAGAAGAGGAAGAGGUAGUGGGAACUUUUCAGGAAAAUGGAGGGGAAGAGAACACAGACCUAACCUGAAUAAAGCCAUUGGAAAAAAUAGCUCUGAACAAAUCCCACAGCCUUUGCUACUACAGUCAACAUUGGAUCAAUUCAUACCAUAUAAAGGCUGGAAGCUUUAUUUCUCUGAAGUUUACAGUGAUAACUCUCCUUUUAUUGAGAAGAUUCAAGCAUUUGAAAAAUUUUUUAUAAGGCGUAUUGACUUGUAUGAUAAGGAUGAAAUAGAAAGAAAAGGAAGUAUUUUGGUGGAUUUUAAAGAAUUGACAAAAGAUGAUGAAAUAACUAAUUUGAUACCAAAUAUAGCAAAUGAACUAAGGGAUGCACCUGAGAAAAUCUUGGCAUGCAUGGGUCUGGCAAUACAUCAGGUGUUAACUAAGGACCUUGAAAGGCAUGCAGCUGAAUUACAAGCCCAAGAAGGAUUGUCUAGUGAUGGGGAAACAAUGGUAAAUGUGCCACAUAUUUAUGCAAGGAUAUACAACUUUGAGCCCUUGACACAUCUCAAGAAUGUCCGAGCAAAUUACUAUGGAAAAUACAUUUCUCUAAGAGGGACAGUGGUUCGUGUCAGUAAUAUAAAGCCUCUUUGCACCAAGAUGGCUUUUCUGUGUGCUGCAUGUGGAGAGGUUCAAAGUUUCCCUCUUCCAGAUGGAAAAUACAAUCUUCCAACAAAGUGUCCUGUGCCUGCAUGUCGAGGGAAGUCUUUUGCUGCUCUCCGUAGUUCUCCUCUUACAGUAACAAUGGACUGGCAGUCAAUCAAAAUUCAGGAGCUUAUGUCCGAUGCUCAGAGAGAAGCAGGUCGAAUUCCACGAACAAUAGAAUGUGAACUUGUGCAUGACCUGGUGGAUAGCUGUGUACCGGGAGACACAGUGACUGUUACUGGAAUUGUCAAAGUCUCAAAUGCUGAAGAAGGUUCUCGAAACAAGAAUGAUAAAUGUAUGUUCCUUUUGUACAUUGAGGCAAAUUCUGUUAGCAAUAGCAAAGGACAGAAAACAAAGACUUCUGAGGAUGGCUGUAAGCAUGGAACAUUGAUGGAGUUCUCACUUAAGGAUCUUUAUGCUAUCCAAGAGAUUCAAGCUGAAGAGAACCUGUUUAAACUUAUUGUCAACUCACUUUGCCCUGUGAUUUUUGGUCAUGAACUCGUUAAAGCAGCUUUGGCAUUAGCACUCUUUGGAGGUACCCAGAAAUAUGCAGAUGACAAAAACAGAAUACCAAUUCGAGGAGACCCACACGUCCUUGUUGUUGGAGAUCCAGGCUUGGGAAAGAGUCAGAUGCUACAGGCAGUAUGCAAUGUUGCUCCACGUGGUGUGUAUGUCUGUGGUAACACUACGACUAGCUCUGGUCUAACUGUAACUCUUUCAAAAGAUAGUUCCUCUGGUGAUUUUGCUUUGGAAGCUGGGGCUCUGGUACUUGGUGAUCAAGGCAUUUGUGGAAUAGAUGAAUUUGAUAAGAUGGGGAACCAACAUCAAGCCCUGUUAGAAGCCAUGGAACAGCAAAGUAUUAGCCUUGCUAAGGCUGGUGUGGUUUGUAGCCUUCCUGCAAGAACUUCCAUUAUUGCUGCUGCAAAUCCAGUUGGGGGACACUACAAUAAAGCCAAAACAGUUUCUGAGAAUUUGAAAAUGGGGAGUGCCCUACUAUCCAGAUUCGAUUUGGUCUUUAUCCUGUUAGAUACCCCAAAUGAGCAGCACGAUCACUUACUCUCUGAACAUGUGAUUGCAAUAAGAGCUGGAAAGCAGAGAACUGUUAGCAGUGCCACAGUAGCUCGUAUGAAUAGUCAAGAUUCAAAUACUUCCAUACUUGAAGUGGUUUCUGAGAAACCAUUAUCAGAAAGACUAAAGGUGGUUCCUGGAGAAACAAUAGAUCUGAUUCCUCACCAGCUAUUGAGAAAGUACAUUGGCUAUGCUCGACAGUAUGUCUACCCAAGGCUGUCCACAGAAGCUGCUCAAGUUCUUCAAGAUUUCUACCUGGAGCUCCGGAAACAGAGCCAGCGGUUAAAUAGCUCACCAAUCACUACUAGGCAGCUGGAAUCUUUGAUCCGUCUAACAGAGGCACGAGCAAGGUUAGAAUUAAGAGAGGAAGCAACCAAAGAAGAUGCUGAGGAUAUAGUUCAAAUUAUGAAAUAUAGCAUGCUAGGAACUUACUCUGAUGAAUUUGGAAACCUAGAUUUUGAGCGAUCACAGCAUGGCUCUGGAAUGAGCAAUAGGUCAACAGCAAAAAGAUUUAUUUCUGCUCUCAACAGCAUUGCUGAAAGAACUUAUAAUAAUCUGUUUCAAUUUCAUCAACUUCGACAGAUUGCCAAAGAGCUAAAUAUUCAGGUUGCUGAUUUUGAAAACUUUAUUGGAUCACUCAAUGACCAAGGUUUCCUCUUGAAAAAAGGCCCAAAGAUUUACCAGCUUCAAACUAUGUGAAAUGGCUUUGCCAUGUCAAGGACUCCAUUUAAAACUGUCUCAAAAAUGAAGACUAUGUAAAAAAUUGUUCUGAAAGAUAAUGAUCUAAAAGUAAUACAUUAGGAAGAAAGUGUUAUAAUAUAAAAAGUGAUA